GUUGAGGGGUAAACCGCGGACACGGCAACGAACGGGAUACCUCCGGAUACUCCAAAAUAGUACGUGUCCCGGACGUAUCGAUCCACCCACCAAAGGUUAAAUGCCCUAGCCCCUAAUCCAGUCUUGCUCCCGUGCGCCGCCUACACAGCUGCUGCUGCGCCGCGGCCGCCGAGAGAAGAUCCAGCCGCCGGCCCACCGCUCCUCCGUUCGCCGUCCUCCGCCGAGUAGCUAUCUCCGCCGUCCGCCGAGGCGCCGAGCAGGUCAACAAUGAUUACCAAUGGAAGCACCGGUAGUACGGGUGGUUCUGGAGCUGGAAGCUCCAACUCGAAUGCGAGCAGUGGUGCCGGAGUAUCAAAUGCAGUCCAGAUGUUGAAUGCUGCUCGUGUGAUUCCUCCCAAUGACGACCAGAAGUCGCCGCUAUGGAGGUAUGUAGAGAAAAUCGAGAAGACUAGAGGAGGGAAAGGAGGGAAUGCGAAGUUCAUCUGUAGGCUUUGUGACCGUGAGAUGAGUGGGAGCUACUCGAGAGUGAAAGCACAUCUGUUGAAGUGGUCAAACAAUGGUGUGAGGACGUGUCCGAAGGUGACCGUUGAUGUUUUAGUUCAGCUCAAAGGUGAACAAUAAAGGGCCGAUGCAAUGACUGCUAGCAACAUGCCUUGCAACGUUCCGCUGCUAACUGAUGGCAACAUCAUUGGGAGGAAGAGAAUGGCAUCAUCAACUAUUGAAGCACUCUUCGAUGCCAAAACUCGCAGCAAGCUGGAUGCUUUGAUUGCAAGGAUGUUCUAUAGUGCAGGGCUGCCUUUCAGUCUUGCAAGAAACCCUUGGUUUAGGCAGGCUUUCAUAUUUGCUGCCAACAACAAGUUUAGUGGCUAUGUCCCUCCAAGCUAUAGCAAGAUCAGAACCGGUCUUCUUGUGCAAGAGAAGACAUGUGUUGAACGAAUGCUGCGUCCGAUCAAGACAAUAUGGAGCCUCAAAGGUGUGAGUAUCGUGUCAGAUGGGUGGUCCGAUCCUCAAAGACGGCCUCUCUUGAAUUUUAUGGCUGUAACAGAAGAUGGACCUAUGUUUUUAAGAGCAGUCAACAUCGAGGGAGAACUAAAUAGCAAGGAAUACAUCUUUGAGAAGAUGUUAGAAACCAUUGAUUUUGUUGGAGCUGCAAAUGUUGUCCAAGUGGUCACUGAUAAUGCAGCCAACUGCAGAGCUGCGGGGCUGCUGGUGGAGCAGAAGUACCCUCGUAUUUUCUGGACCCCAUGUGUCGUCCAUUCUUUGGACCUUGCGUUGAAGAACAUAGGUGCAAUCAGGAGCGAAGAAGACCCUGAGUAUGAACACUGCAACUGGAUCAGUGAGGUAGUAUCAGAUGCGCAGCAGAUUCAGGACUUCAUAUUGAAUCACUCCAUGAGGUUGUCUAUGUUCAACGAUUUUAGCAAGUUGAAACUUCUUGCUAUUGCUGAAACAAGAUUUGCUUCUCAGAUUGUGAUGUUGAAAAGGUUCCGUGAGGUCCAACAAGCUCUUACUUUGUUGAUUGUGAGCUCCAAGUGGUCCGAUUAUAGAGCUGAGAAUGAAGGUAAAGCACGGUUUGUAAGAGAGAAGGUUAUCAAUGGUUUCUGGUGGGAUAAAGUGAAGUAUAUCCUUGAUUUCACCGAGCCCAUCUAUUCUAUGAUACGUGUAGCUGACACGGAUAAAUCAUGCCUUCAUUUGAUAUAUGAGAUGUGGGAUAGCAUGAUUGAGAAGGUGAAGGUUAUAAUUUAUCGCCAUGAAGGAAAAAAGGAGGAUGAACAAUCACCCUUUUACAAUAUUGUUCAUGAGAUCCUACAAAGUCGAUGGUUAAAUAAUAAUACCCCAUUGCAUUGUUUGGCACAUUCAUUGAAUCCCAAGUGUUACACUCAAGCUUGGCUUGCUGAGGUUGAUGGCCGUGAAGCUCCACAUGUUGAUGAAGAGAUAUCAAUAGCGAGAAACACAUGUUUUAGGAGGAUGUUUGGUGAUGGUCCUGAACUGCACAAGAUCAAACAACAAUUUGGUAAUUUCAGUUCGUUUACUGCUGGAUUUAAUUCCUUCGAUUCACUUGAGGAUAGAACCUACCUAGAGCCCAAGUCAUGGUGGGCAAUUCAUGGUAGCUUUGCCCCAGAGCUACAAAAAUUGGCACUAAAAUUACUUGGUCAGCCAGCAUCUUCUUCAUGUGCUGAAAGAAAUUGGAGCACGUAUGGUCUGAUGCAUAGUACAACAGGAAACAGGCUGAACCCUGGACAUGCCGAGGAUCUUCUCUUUGUACAUCAAAACCUCCGUCUUAUUUCAAGGAAAUCUACAGAGUAUUCGAGUGGACCAACAAGAUUUUGGGACAUUGGAGGAGACACCCACGAGAUAUUUGGUGGUGGUGCACAUUUUCUUGAAGAAGCUGUGCUCUCACUAGAUGAACCAGAGCUAGAGGCACUGCUUGAUGAUAUUGGAGCUUUGGAGAAUGAAGCUGCACGGACAGAGGCAUAGGAAUGAUGGAUUCAAACUUUGAUCCUGAAGAGCCGUGGGUUGAUAGGGGUCAAUCAAGAGAGCCCUUACGAGAGCAUGGUGAUUUCCACGAUUCCACAGCUCGAAGUGGUGUUCCAGAAUCCUGAGUAGCGGAAGGGGAUCUCACGACAGGGUUUAACUUAACAAAAACUCCAUUUCUUGAGUUGUUUUAGGAGCUUUUCAGUUUCAGCUUGCUGUAUCCUGUGUGUGUUGUUGGCGCGGCACACAUGGUUUGGACAUAGAACAGCUUAGGGGAUCUUGCUCGGUUCAAGUUAUGACAGGUUUAGGUUGCAGUUUCUCUCUGGCUGCUGGAUGUUGAUGGCAUGCUCGAUUUGUAAUUGACAUGUCUCUUUUGUCUUAACACUUUGACAGAAGUGGUUAAAAACUCAGCUUGGUUCUGAUC